ACAUAUAAGUAAAUAAAAAAAUCUAAUUUUAGAAAAUACAAGAUCAAGAAAUCAAGAAAAAUUUGUAUUUUUUGUAAAUGAGGAUAUAAAGUAUCGAUCAAUUUAAUUCCAGGACAUUGUGUAUUUAUUCAUCGAAUGAAUAAUGAAUGAUUUUAUCGAAGUAUUCGAUAUACCGAAGAAUUUGAGUAAGAAUUCCAUAGACAUAUGCUCUUCGCUAAUUUCGCUGUUUUUCCAUUACCGAUCGGUCUACCUAUAUCCCCUUCUUUCUCUCUUUGUCAUACUCCUUGUAGCUCCACCCUUUCUCUCUCUCUCUCUCUCUCUCUCUCUCUCUCUCUCUCUCUCUCUCUCUCCCUCUCUACCUCUCUACGGAACAUUCUCUCUUCGCGCACGUGUCUAUCUUCCUUGCAUGUAUACGAAAACGUGUUCGUCGGCCUCUGGUACAUAUCCUGAUUACUAAUUUACAAAGCCGUGGACUACUUCCACGCUUGGGUAUGACACCAAAUUCCAUAUUCCAGUUGAAUGGAGAGUUGAGAAGAGUGAACCUGAUGAUCCUUAAGAAUCCAUGAAUCGUGCAAGAAGCUAUACUAUCAUAUCAUUCGAUAGACCACUUUAGUAAUUGCACUUGUUUCCUGUUCCACGAAUUAACGGUUCAUCAUACACGAUAUAGGUCUACUUUCUAAUCUCUUUUCCGACAUCAUUUUAAUGUAAAGAUUUUCGAAGGUCGAUUAAUUUAUCACUUUAUCAUACUUAAUUAGAAAGAUCAAUAUGUGCUUAAAUAAAAUAACAAAAACACUUCGGUUAUUUGUGUAUUUUUAAAAAGUAAAACUUAUUGUUUCUAGAUAUUAUUUGAAUGAUUUAAAAAGUAAGCAUUUCCUUUUUUUACAGAUAAAAUUUAUGAAGACGAAAUCAGUCGGACCUAGAUUUUAAAUUUAUCUGGAAGAUCUAAUGUUUAAGUAUUAGAAUCAACGGAUAAGAGUAGUAUAAUCUAUCGAGGAAGUUGCCUGAUAUUUACAGUUAGCUGCUAAUUCAAACUCUCACGGAUUGUUUUCUUUAGUAAUUCCCAAGAACGUUAAAAUUUCGCUUUAUUAAAUUUCAAGAUUUAUUGAAACGCGAAGAAAAAAUAUUCGUAUUAUUUUCGUUUUGUUUCUUCUAUCUAUUCAUUAAAGAAAUAUAUAUGGACGGAAAAUUUCAAUAUCUCUUUAUUUUGAACAAAUAGUUUUCUAUUAGUUUCAGUUAAAUUAUAAGCAUAACAAUUUAAGAAAAUAAUAAGAUGAAGAAUUUAACAGUAAGAGAUACACGGAGAAAGAAAAAGAUAUCAGAAUAAUGGUAUAAAAUAAUUGUUGAUUAAUUAAUUUGAUUAUAUUGUCGUAGAAUUUGUUCUCCCCUUGAAUAAAACUCGCUUUCGAAAUACAAUACAUUCUCUCAAGGAAGAGAGAAAACACAAUGGAGCGCGUGAAAAAGAUGAUGGAAUAUAAUAUUAAGUACCCGAAGGAGGCAUCACCAAGAAGGAGGACGAAGAAGGAGAACGAAAGAGGUGGAGGCACUGGUUAGUAUAAAAGGGUCGAACCACGGUAUCUCGCCUGUUUCAAUACUCUCAACGAGUCGUGCGGUAGAUCACACGUGUCAUUGAUCGCGACAGUCAUCCGCAAACGGGACGUUCACGACUUCCACAUUGAGGAAGUUGAAAAGGUGGACGAGAAGGGAGAGUGAAAGAGAAAUUAAAUAAGAAAAGAUAGAACAAUGAAACUAGUGGCAGUGCUUGGAUUGCUAUGCUGUCUUGCCAUAGGAGCAUUGGCAUCACCAGUGCCGAAAAUCAGCGAUAAUAAAGCAUCGGUUGCGAAUGCUCUCGUCUCAGGAAGACAAGCGCAAGCACCACCGGUUGCUGCGGAAGAUGAUGACGAUGACGAUGAUGAUGACGACGACGUCGAUCUCGAUAUUACAGGGGAUGACGACGAUGACGAUGACGACGACGAUGACGACGACGACGACGACGAUGACGAUGAUUAUUUGGAACGUUUUAUUGAGGAUAUUUUAGGAGGCGAGGAAGAUGACGAUGACGACGAAGAUGAGGAAGUGAGUCAAACGGCUUCACAAGUAACACCUGUGGCAGCCUCACCGAUACAAUCUGCACCCUUGAUAGCCUCGCAAUCGAUACCGGCAGCAGUUCAAGCUGAUUUGAACGCUGCUGCAGCAUCCGUGGAGAAUACGGCUGAGGAAACAGCUAUUGGAGGUGAACCUACGUCGUCCGACGAUGAUGCUUACGACGAGGUCGAGGAAGCUGGGGACGUUGUGCCCGAAGGUCAAACCGUUGGCCAGGAAUCCGGACUUGAAGGUGCAGACUCUAUUGUAAAUCCUGUUGUCCAACCAGCCAAUUCUCAAGCUGCUGCGGCACAGAAUGACGACGACGACGACGACGAUGACGACGACGACGACGUCGACCUUGAUAUCACGGAAGACGACGACGACGAAGACGACGAGGACGACGAAGAUGACGACGAUGAUGACGACGAUGAUGAGGACGCUAUUGCGGACAUCACCAGCGCCAGACAUGCACAUGAUUUGGAGUCGGAACCCAGCAGUUAUGUACCAGCCAUCUAUGUUGCAAAAUACAAUCAUUUUGUAGACAACAUUCUCGAGAGGAUUAAUAAAAUUUUAAGCGCUAAUUAUGAUCCAGUGAUGGUCAAAUUAACUAAUCCAAACUCGAACUCGAAAUCGAAUAAGAAGAAAAACAAUUCUAAAAGUAAAAAGAAUAAAUACGGUUCAAAGAAGAGUACUUCUGGAUUGGUCGCACAUAUCUCUGAAAAUAUAAACAAUGAAGAGUCGAACGACAUACAGAAAAUGACAGAUUCUCACAAAAACUCGCCCAUAGCUACAACUUUAAUGGAUAUAGAAUUACCAACAACGAUGUCGACUCUUGGAUCAUCUGACAGUGCCAUUGCACAAAAUCGUAUAAGAAAUGCCAAACGAAAAUCAUCUCAUUUUCAAAAUAAAAAGUCGAAUCGUAACAAAACGAAAAAUCGAAACAAAAUCAAAAAUUCCACAAGCGGUAGUAACAAAAAUAAGGGUAAGGCAAGAGCGAUUUUAUAUGGGCUCGCUUCGCUUCAAAGAUCAGGAGAUGUAUCGGUAAAUAUGAUGAGUGAUCAUACGACUAUCAAAACGAAAUUUACCUUGGGACCUUUAAUACUCAAAGUCGAAAAAGAGUUCGGUAGAGCCGCGAAAAAAGAACUUAGAAGUGCAACUGCUACAACAGCAGGAAUGUCUGGUAAACUGAGUCUUCGUGUGCUGCACGGAGGUGCUGCCACGUUGCAUUCCAUUCGUGUUUUACAACCCAAACAGGUUCGUGUUGAAAGCGCGGAUGAUCACGAUAGAACAAGAGAAUUCGUUUGGAGAAGAUCAUCUCACAUCGCUCAUUUAGUAUCUCAAAAACUUUUAACAGCUACAAGAUCAAUGUUACGACCUCCACCUGUCCCAGCACUUGCCGCUUAAAUUAUACUUGAAUUUGAAUUAUAUUUGAUCCAAAUGAAAUCAUUAUAAGUGCCAUAACAAUGGGUUCAAUUCAUCGUUUCGCGUUAUUCCAUUUUGUGGUACACGCUCUUUGUUUUUAAAUCACGGUUUUAUCGAUUGGAAUCAAUGAAGAAUUAUUUGCUUAUUCUUUUUACGCCCUUGUAAAAAACAAAAAAAAAAUACAUUUUUCAAGAUGCUACGUUUUUAAAAAAAAUGAUAGAAAGAAAGUAUAAACAAUAUGAUUUCAUUUUGGAUUAACAUUUGUUUUUUCUAACACGUUCAUACUUAUUUAUUUAUUUAUAUUAUUUAUUUAAAGUAGUGCUGAUUUUAAAUUGCAAUUAUUUUUAUAUUACCAGAAAUAUUCCGGAGAACAUAUGUUUAUAUAAAAAAAUAAGAAAGUAAACUUUAGUAAAAUUUAACUAAUAAAUUAAAUUAUGCGUUAAGUCAAAUAAAAUAUUAAAUAUGAGCUUGUCAAUUUAUUUUUC